GUGACAGCCGGAACCCAAUCCUGCAGGACUUCGGAUUACGUUUUCCAAGCUCUUGCUUGCGUUAAAACACAGGAUAAUAACUUCAAGGAGCGGUAUCAACGGGAUUCCUGACAAGUGGAGUGGUUUGCUGAGCUUGUUGAUUUGCCGGAUUAGGAUCAAACAGCGGGGAAGCUGAGGUUGUACAUCAUGAGCUGGACAAAUUGCACCCCACAGCCUGGGGGCGGGGGAAUUGUGUGACGUGAUCGCUGCCUAGGGGAGGGCUGAGGGCGUGGGGGUUUUGUCACCCUCGAUUACAACCUGCUGUUGCGCAAGCCAAAGUUUAUUGAAGUGGGAGAAGGAAGAGUGAAGCACGGAGGUAGUUAGGUGCUGACAGGACUGACUGGUAUUUUGUUUUCUGUUGGACUGUGUUGUAUUAUUUAUACGUGUAUGUAUUUAAAGUUAUUGUUACUAGGAGCUGGGAUGAACUUGCCAAGGCUUUUGCAGUGGACUAUACUUUUAGCUUGCCUUUUUGGGAUUCCUGGUUUUACUUUUGGUGACACAUACGAAGAAUAUUCGGAAUUAAUGAAGGAGAAAACAGGACUGCCAACAGCUGUAUCUUUGAGCACCGUCUGGGAGGACCGUCUUGGAGCAGGUGAAGAGAAGAGGAGGCAGUCUUUCCAUACACAGAGUUUGCAGCAUCGUGAAACAACAGUCCCAUACAUUAAGCUGAAUGGCCAGGACUUUGGUUUGAAACAGACACUACAGUUGUUAAAUGAAUACCCGUCCAGCUUGCAGUGCCAUUUAAGUGUUGAAGGAGAGCUUCUACAGCUGGAACUGGAACAAAAUAGCAACCUAGUCUCUUCGUCACCUCACUUAACAUACUACCUCAACAAUGGAACUCGAGUUACAGAUGCUAUCAACAACCUGACUAACUGUUUCUAUCAUGGUUGGGUGGCAGGCUACCCCAUUUCGCGUAUCAGCAUGAACCUGUGCUCUGGACUGAGUGGCUUGAUUGUGCUGAAUGACAACAGGAGUUACACUAUUGAACCCAUCCACGAGGAUCAGAAUGAGAAGCAUGUGAUCUCCAUAGUGAAGUAUAACCCAUUUGAUGUCCACAAAUGUGGCCUGUCUCAUUCCCAUGAGCCUCUGAAACAUCCUUUCCAGCAAGAGAAACAUCAUAUUCAUCGGUGGAAAAGAGAUGUUCUGACAGAGGCAAAGUACAUCGAACUGGUAAUAGUUGCUGACAGAGCUGAGUUUCUCAGUUUAAAAAGUAAUCUGCAGGCGCUACAGUCCAGGCUGAUGGACAUAGCAAACCAUGUGGAUGGGUAUUACAGACCACUGAAUGUACGAGUAGCACUUCUGGAUAUAGAGGUCUGGAACCAGAACGAUCCAAUUGUCAUCAGUAAGAACUCGACAGAUACUCUCAACCGCUUCUUGGCAUGGAGGAAGGAAAAGCUGUUACCCAGGAUACAGCAUGAUAACGCCCAACUGGUGGUAGGUUCAUUCUUUCAAGGUUCCACUGUUGGAAUGGCUUCACAGACCUCAAUGUGUACUGUAGACCGGUCUGGAGGAGUCACAGUGGAUCACUCCACAAGUGUGCUGGCUGUGGCCUCCACCAUGGCACAUGAACUGGGACACAAUCUUGGAAUGAGCCAUGAUACAAAUGACAGGAACUGUACUUGUAGAAACCCUGUUGCCAAGGGGGGUUGUAUUAUGGAACCCUCUACUGGAUUCAGACCUGGCCUGGAGUUCAGUGACUGCAGCAGACAUGACCUAGAAAUUAGCCUGCGACAAGGUGGAGGAAUGUGUCUCUUUAAUGUUCCGAAACCAGACACCCUGUAUGGAAAGCAACGAUGUGGGAACCUCUAUGUAGAGAAGGGCGAAGAAUGUGAUUGUGGCCUUCUUGAUGAAUGUCAAGAUCCUUGCUGCAAUGCUACCACAUGCAAACUUGCUGCGGGGGCUGAGUGCUCAUCUGAUGGGAUGUGCUGUUCAAACUGCAAGUUGAAAAAGGCAGGCUCAGUUUGUCGAGAGCCCCUUGGUGAAUGUGAUUUACCAGAACACUGCACUGGAGUGUCACCUUUCUGCCCUCCAAAUGUCUUUCUCCGGAAUGGCUACCAAUGUGGGAAUGGAGAGGCCUAUUGCUACAAUGGGGUCUGCAUGGAUAACAAAAUACAGUGCCAGACAUUAUGGGGACCUAAUUCCACUCGUGCUCCUGAUGUCUGUUUCUCCACUGUUAAUGUAAACGGAGACAAGUAUGGCAACUGUGGACAGAACCCAAAUGGCACUUACAGGAGCUGUGCACAGCAAGAUGUGAAGUGUGGGAAGAUUCAGUGUCAGGGAGGAAAUCCCAGACCAGUACUUGGCUCUAAUGCAGAGAUUGUUGUGACGACUGUCAAGCUGAACAAGACCACGUACAGCUGUCGUGGAACAUAUUUCAAUCUUGGUGAUGAUAUCACUGACCCUGCCAUGGUAAUGCCAGGAACAACAUGUGGAAAAGACAAGGCUUGUAUCGACAGAAAAUGCCAAAGUGCAACUAUGUUUCAAGUGGAGGAGUGUCAAAGAAAAUGCAGUGGACAUGGGGUGUGUAACAGCAAGAGUAAUUGCCAUUGCAACAAAGGUUAUGCACCACCGGACUGCAGUAGGUAUGGCCAGGGCGGUAGUGUGGACAGUGGUCCCUUGCAAGAAGAGAAAGCCAGUCAAACUGUAACAGUGGCUGUGGUAGUUUUCUUUUUCAUCUUACUGCUGGCUGUUGGGCUGAUCAUCUUCCUGAAACGGAACUUCAUCCGCUCCGAGCUGCGUAAAUUCAGCAAAGGAAAAACUCAGCAGUACAGUAAGCUUGAGACUCCGAUCCACUUCAUCGCCGAAUGUGCCAUCAUGCAUAGAUAUGGUGAAGAACCAGAGACUCAGGUCCGCUUCCUCGCAGAUCAUAUCAUCAUCGACAGAAACUGGAACACCAGAAGUGAAAAUGGAAUACAUGAGCAACCAUUAUCACACCAAAGACUACCACCUAACUGGAUGCAGUCCGUUGAACUUCAGAUCUCCCACCCCAUAAAGCCUUCUCUUCAGGUAUCUUCAAGGCCUGAGCCACCUUCCAAGCCUCUUCCACCUGACCCUGUAUUCAAAGCACCUCAGUCCACAGUUCCAGUAAGACCUACCCCACCUGUCAAGCCAUUGCCUCCAGAUCCCAUUAUACGAGAUGCCCAGCCACCUGUCCCUAAAAAGCCUUUGCCACCAAAAAAGCCAUUGCCAACUAAUCCACCAGAUCGACCACUUUCUGCUGUUUCUUUGCGGCAAAGAGAUAGUCUUUCCUCAGCAGCUGCUUGUAUAACCCAAGUUACUACAGCUCCAUCAAGGCCUGCACCACCACCUCCCCCUGGCAAGAAGGCCUUCCAGACUUCAAAUCAUGUUGAGAUGAAUGUGUAAUGUAAGCUGACAGCCUACAGACUGAAGUUGAAAAGAGGACUUCUUGUCUUCGGAAAUAUCGAAUGACUUGAGAGAGCCCCUUUGUACAUUUUAACUAAUACUUCCAAGCUGGGGCUUCAUUGCUUUUAACUCAGAUUAUGAGCUGCUGAAACUUCCAAGAAUCUGUGUGUAUAUAUUUUAUGUAUGUACAUUCAAUUGUAUUUAUAUAGGUAUGGAUUUUACAUAGGAAGCCCCAGCACACACUUUUUAUACUUAACUGGAUUUCGAAAGAAGAAAGCAUUUUUACAUGCCCAUCAAUAAGGAGCACAUCCAGCGAUUAACUCAAGCAGCUGGUCAGAAAAUGUAUGGUGGCCUACUAAUGCUAUCCAUGUCUGGACAUUGAUGAUCGAGUUGCUGAAGAAUAUUUGUGGUGGAUCGCUGUCUUUUUUCAGACCUGGCAGCUUCAGAAGUUAUUGUCUAUGUGUUCUGGAUUAGUGGCACAUAGUCACUCUUAUAAGUUCUGUACAUAUAACUGCAGAGAACUUUUUGUCCAGAUUUGUUUGUCUUGCACUAGAAGCGAAUACUUCCAUUAAAUAUAGAAACUUCUAACAGUCAUAGCUGCUAAACACAUUGCAGAAAAGUGGCAUAAAAUGUGAACAUUCAUUAAAAUAAAAAGAUUUACCUCCCUUUGA